AUGGUAUUGGCACAUCAUAAAUUGAAAAGCAACCGAUGGGUGCCCAUUCACCGCGGGCACAGAGUAAACAGGAGGACAGAGAACGAGCCCGCGCUCCACUCCUCUGCCGUGUCUAAUGUUAGAUCUCGCUUGUUCGCGCGCGCGGUGGGAGGCAGGCGGCGGCGGGCGGCGCGCCUUGUAUGCGACCCGCUGACCUACUUGCCGCCGCUCGCUACGCAAUCAGACCCGCUUCACCCCGCGCCUACAUGCAUACGUAUUGUGCUCGUGUGUUUAUUCAUGUGCCCCGAAGACUGUUCGAAGGUUGGCACCGCGAUGAUG